AUGGCUGGAGACUAUGCUAUAAGGAAAGACGAACCAACUGCAAUCACUAAUGAAAGUAGCCUAGCUGACGUUGCGCUAUAUGAGCGGUGGGAGCGAUCCAACCGGCUCAGCGUGAUGUUCAUUAAGACCAAAAUCUCGACUGGGAUACAUGGUUCUGUUGACCAGCAUGAAAAGGUCCAAGACUUGCUUAAGGCCAUUGAUGACCAGUUCAUCACUUCAGAUAAGACUUUAGCAAGCACCUUGAUCAUGAAGUUCUCUUCUCUUCGGCUCACCAGUGUGAAAGGUGAAGAAGAAAGGCUUGUAAUGGAGAUGGGUGAGAGUGCAUUGCUGACUACUGCUUAUGGGAAGAACAAAGCAAUUAAGUCUCAAGCUAAUCAGAAGGGGAAUGGUAAAAUACCACCUCAAGCUGAUAUUAAGAAGGUGGCAAAGUGUUUCUUUUGCAAGAAGAAGGGACACGUGAAGAAGAAUUGCCCCGGGUUCCAGAAAUGGCUUGAGAAGAAAGUAUGCACGGCAUCCGUAAUUUCAGGCGUGAGACAAAGUACCAAGUAUCGUUCUAACAAAAAUGUCGCCAUCUUUGUUUCCAAUAAAGAUAAUUUACAGAAAACAAGAGGCCCAAAAUACUUACAGCCAACACAUAAAAUUUGGUCCUGCUGCAACCCUUUUCUCUCCGAGUUUCCUUCCUCUAUUGUUUUUCUAACCCAAGCAAAUACAUGCUUGCAUUGUUAUGUAAAGAUGAUUGCACUCAAAUCCCUUCAUCCUUUCUUCACUCCUACCAAUAUCAAAUAUGGUAUCAACCGAAGCAGAUGCCUCAACACAAAAGGUUCUGUUUUGUGCCUCUGCAAGUCCAAUGAAUCUGAAUCUCAAGCUCCCCAACCAGGAGAUAUUCGUAAACAAGAACUGCUAGCCCAAAUUGCCAUGCUUCAAACUCAGAAAGUCCGUCUCACAGAUUAUUUUGAUGAGAGAUCUGAAUACUUAACCCAGUUUGGUGAAGAAGCCAAGGCCGAGUUUGACAAGAUUGGAAAAGAUGCCCUCCAAGGAUUAGAUGAAGCUAGUGCCAUUAUAACAGCAAACAUAGAGAGCCAGAUGGUGGAGUUUGAGGAAUCUGCAGAACUUAACAGACAAGAGAUUCAGGAGCAUGAAAAAGAACUAGGUGAAUUUGAAGUUCAAAUGGAGGAUGGAAGAAAUGAAGGGCUGUUCUUUAAGAACCUCAGAAGGAGGACACCUGUUGACAAAUCAAAAGCCAAGGAGGAGGCAGAGAAAAUCAAAGAUGUAGCCAGAGAAAAAGCUGGUAGCAGAACAAGGAAAGGCUUUUACCUCCUCUUUAUUGGCCUACUGACCUUUGCAAUAGUUGAUUCUAUUGCCUCAUCAUCAACUGAUUGGAAAAAUAUAGCAGUUCUUGGAGCUACUCUUGUGGCUUUAGUUUCUCAGUUCAUCUACGAACAGACAAUGUCAUUAGAAACUGGAGAAAAAAGAAAGACCGACACAGAAGAGGAAAAUAACUGAAGUUUAAUUGUUACUGAGAUUCAAUGCAAGUUUCUGUGGAAGACAAAAAGUAUAAUGGAUGUUGCGUGAUACAAUAAACCCAAGUGGAAGCUUAUAACUUGGGCCUGAUAACAUCAUGCUAAUUUGCUUUGGCAUCAACAACAGCAGAUAUUGGUGAUAUAACUACAAUCACCAAAAUCUGAGUAACUGGGUUACCAAGUGAUGCUGAUGAAACUUUUCACAUCUUAUGUCAAUACAAAAAAACAUACUCUUAUUAUCAUACUAGUUUUUAGACAUGUACAUUUGGAA